GCUUGCAGAGAUCAUUAGCGUGGCAGGAAAGGAAACACAGGAGCUGCUUCAUCAGAUCAGAUCAGAUCAGAUCAGAUCAGAUCAGAUCAGAUCAGAUCAGAUCAGUCCUUUCACCAUGUCCUGCAUCACUGCCCUGUGCACAGUGCUUUCCAGAGGCUUUGGGGGAAGGUGACAGAGGCUACCCUGUUGGAAUGCUGUGGAAUGAAUGUUCCAGAACAAAAAUGUGCCUGGCGUGUCAACUUCCUCCCUCUAACCAGAAAAAUAAAGAAUUUACUGUGUUUAGGGUCAAAGCUGUUGAGACAGAAGGGAGUGAGGCUAAAAUCCAGUGUUCUGUGAUCAGUACCAGAGGCAAGAGGCAGGGAAGGGUGUUCUCUUUCUCUUUUGUAGCUUUUGCCAGUUCCAGUUGUAUGAAAUUACAACAGCAACAUCUCCAUGGGCAAACACAGCAACAAAUAUUCACAGCAGCGUGUUCUGAGGCCGAGGUUUAAAACUAAUGGGAAUCCAAACCCCUGCUUUCCGGUGUUUAAACAUACAGUUUUCCAAGCAGACAAAAUUUGUGCCAUUUGACUCAGCCUUCUUCAGGAGCUAAAAGUUGAAUACUCAGCAAUCUGGAAUUUUGGGUGUCUUUGAAAGACAUGACCCUCCAGACUGUGCCUUUUGUAGGCACCUGUGGCUAGGAGGCCAGCAAGGUGGUUUCUUACAGUGGAUAGAAAGAAGCAACUGAAUUUCAGAAGAAAACAGUUAUUUUAAUUAAAACUACAUAUGUAAAUCUCUUACCUGAACUGAAGGUUUGGUCCAAUCUAGAGAAAAGAAAAACCAGUAUUUAACACUAGUCAGAGUGGGUAUGAUCCAUGAUUCAAGUCCCCAGAGAAGAUGAUACUAAUGCAAACAAGCUUUAAAACCAGCAUUUAGCAAGAUUCCUAGCAAGCACAAUUUUGCAGUUCCUCCCAGCAUUAGCAGUGCACAUAAAAGCCAUGUGUUUUGAUAAAGUCUUAAAUCAGGGAGGAAAACAGAACAAACCAGCCCCAAACCAAACAAACCUCUCCAUGAUGCACUAAGAUACAAAGAGGAAGAAAUUCCAAACCGUCUGGUUUUCACAUCACUUGUCACCAGACACUGAAAGUGGUGACACCAAGUGACUGCCUGCAUUAACCUUUCCUUGGAAUUCUGCUGCCUGUCCCUGCAAGGACCUGGCAGAGUUUUACCAAUGUAAUUGGCUCUCUCCAGCAAAAUCACACAGGAUUUUAUUUCUUGCAAAACUGUCCUGGGGACAUUUGCAGGGCAAGGACUGGGUGAGGCUGGGGACUUGGGGCGAGCAUUGAACUCUGACCAGUUCAUCACAAACUCUUCAUCACAUCUGGCUGGAGGAGGGUGGGUAGAGAAACUGACCCCAAAAUUCUGGAGAAUUUGGAAGUGGGCGGGUGGAUCUUGCCACUGAUGAGGUCCCGCAAGAGGUGUGGGUGAGGGGAAUGCACAGGGUCACCCCAGCUGACUGUCCUCCAAAAAUCCAGUGAGUUCUUCAGAAUCCUUGCCCUUCUCACUGUCUCCAGGGAAACAAAGCCAAAUCUGUCUGGUUUUUUUGCAAAAUUAAUGAGAGAAGUCCCAGCUGAGGAUUCUGGGGAAGUUCAAGCCCAACUUCUGGACAAGAAAAAAAAAAAAAAUACAAACAACUUUAAAGAGCUUGAAAAAAACCCAUCUGGAACUGGGGAAAUGAAGUUUCUUAAAGUACAAACAAAUGAAGGUGUUUUCCUUUAGAAAAAUAAGAAGAAAAGAAAAGGAGAGCAAUAAUAAAGAAUUUUCCCACAAAUAUACUUUUAAACUGCCAGGUAAAUAAGGAACAAGAUUUUUUUCCCUUAAAAUAAAGAGAAUAAAAUGGUUUUUUCCCUUUAAAAAAUCCCUAAAAACAAAGAUACUAACUUCUUUUUAGAAGAAAAAAAAAAGAAACCACACUAAAAAUUUUGGUAAUUUAAAGGGGUUUUUUUUUCCUCCAAAAAUUUGAAUUCCUGCACAUAAGGACUUUUUCUUUCUUCCGGGAAAGGCCAAAGUGCCUGAUAAAGAUUAUUCUUAGCCUCACAAUAACAAAAAAGAGUCCUCAAAAUCCCAAAUAAACAGAGAUAAUCUAUUUUCUUGCUCAUGAUAAAAAAAAAAAGAAAAAAGAAAAAAAAAAGAUAAAAGAUCUAUAAAUAAAAAUUAUUUUUAAAUACUUUUUUGUUUAAAAAAAAUCACAGGAUGAAAAUUAAAAGCUUGGAAAGGGGCAAAACUUCACAUAGGGUGAGGAGAGAUCCGGAGAUGUCUCCAGAACCCAAAAAUUAUUCCAAAAAAGUCUUAUCUCUGUUUAAAAAUAUACAUCUGGAGGAGCUCCAAAUCCCCAACACGUGAUAAAAUCCUCAACAUGUGAUUCAAUUUCCUUUUUUUUAAAGAAUCCUGGGAGAGCUCAGAGAGAUUGGAUGGGUGGAAAGUUGGCAAAUUACAUGUUCAGUAUUUUUUUGUUUUGAUAAAAAAAAAAGAGCAGGACGAGGCAAAAGCCAGCAUUUGAGGGUGUUUGAGCUCAUCUUCAGGCUGCAGUUCUUCACUUCAUUGAAAUCCAGGUGAGGGUUUUUUACAGCUAUUUUAGGGUUGAGGAUGUCACCCUCUAGUGUUUUCUUCCUCCUGCUUUUAGGUGCCAUGGUGGACACCAAAACCUCAUCAGAAAAAGGAUCCCUGCUCUAUCCCUAUGGACUGGACCAGGGUGAUAAAACCAACCCCAAACUUGAUGAUGGAGCAUCCGAGGCAAUCACCCUCUCAGUUCCCUUCACCUUCUAUGGCAAAACCUACCAAACUGUGUUUGUGAACAACAAUGGGGUGAUCUCCUUUGACAAGCCCGUCAGACAAUACACCCCUGACCCCUUCCCUCUGGCGGACGGACGCCCUUUCGUGACUCCCUUCUGGGCAGAUGUGGACAAUGUGCUGUGUGGGGACAUCUUCUACCGCCAGACCACUGACCCAGCGCUGCUGGAGGACAUCAGCCAGCACAUAACCCAGUACUUCCCCAAAAGCCCCUUCACUGCCACCUGGGCCUUGCUGGCCACCUGGGACCAUGUGGCCUACUACGGCUCCACCUCUGAAAAGGGCAACACCUUUCAGGCUGUGCUGACCACUGACUCCAAGAUGUUCUACAUCAUCCUCAACUAUGGGGACAUCCAGUGGACCACAGGGGCAGCGAGUGAUGGGGAUGCUGAAACAGGGCUUGGGGGGACCCCCGCACAUGCGGGAUUCAAUAGCGGUGAUGACACCAACUUCUACAACAUUCCUGGAUCCCAAACCGAUGCCAUCAUCAACAUCACCACUACCUCCAACGUCAAGGUCCCAGGACGCUGGGUCUUUAGGGUGGAUGACUUCCAGGUGACAGGUGUGGAUCCUCCCCAGCUGGACAAAAACUGCUGGUUGUGAACUGACGGGAGUGGGACAGAGGAACAUCACCACUGCCUCUGUUAUCACCGAUGAAGUCACUGUGCAAGUCAAGAUCAUGCCAACUUCUAGAAGAGCAAUAAAAUUUCAGCUAAGACAUUG